AUGCAAAGGAACUAUGUGGCCCUAGAAGCUUGUGCAAACCGGGUGUUGGGGAUAACCCAGGCACCAGAGGCUAGUGGAAGUGGGCGGGCUGGGCCGUCGGGGUGUGGUACGGUGGUAGUAGCAUCCGCUGAUGUGGGUAUCCCAAUAGGGGUUCCACUACCGAAGAAAAAUAUGAUGAGUUUGUAUGAUCUAGAGUCACUGAAGGCAGACUAUGCGAUACCUGAUUGUGUGGGGCUGAGGUUGCCCAUACCUACUGAAGCGGCUAGAUACCCUCCCGAGGGUUGCGUUAUGGUGUUCUCAGCUAUGUACAAACAUGGGUUGAGGUUACCAUUGCAUCCUUGGGUGCAAAUGAUGCUUUCCAGAUUGGGCUAUGCCCCUGGGCAGUAUAAUCCCAACUUCUGGUGUAUACUGCACGGGGUGUACAUAGCAUGGUGGUUGGCGAAACGAGGGGAGCCCACCUUUGAGCAGUUCAUGCAUCUGUACUCAGUGUCCAGGCAACAGGGCAACUUUGGCUGGGUGCAGGUCAACUGCCGAAAGGCGAAGGAGAGAGGAUAUUUUAUAGGGCAACCACCAUCGUCGCAGAAGACGUGGCGAAAUCGAUGGUUCUUUGCCUUUGGUGAUUGGGAGUGCUGGCCUGGGACGACUGUCAGCAAACAUGUGCCUACCCAUUUUCAAUCUAUAGGUCUUUGGUCGUCACUCUUGUCUUUGUGUUUGAGUGUGUUGGUAUGA